CAUUUCACCAAAAAAAAAAACAAAAAGGAAAAAACUCUCUCUCUAUAUCUCUCUCUCUCUCUCUCUAUCCCCUCUGGAAACUCACGUCUUUCUUACAAUCUCACUUUCAUCCCAACCCUCAAUCAAUACCUUCUCUCUCUACUUCUUCUUCUUCUUCCACCUGUUCAUCGUCUUCCGAGCUAGGUGAUGAUGGGUGUGAGCAGCAGCCGAUGUUCCCACACUUCCCACAUCACCGAGAUCAUCAUCACCAGCUUCUUCCGACACAAGCUCUGAAAAAUACCCAUUGAUAAAAAUCAUAUAUAUACAUACAUAUACAAAAACCCAUUAUCGGAUUGAAAAUCAGCACAAUCUGAUCUUCAUACCCAUUAUUUAUGGUUGCUUGACCCAACCCCCCUUUUUUAAUCCUCGAAGAAUCCAUGGCGGCUCGGAGGGUGGUCUACGCCGCCUCUGUCGCUGGUUCCAAUUCCAAUACUGUUUUGCUUCAAUCCCCUAAUUCUCUGUUCCUCUCUGGCUCUUCCCCUUCUUUCCUCGGUUCGAGCUCCAUGGUUAGCUUUAAAGAUGGCAAUUUGGGAAAAAGAUCGGAAAGAUCGUUCUUCUGCUCAUUUGAUCAAGAAGAUAAUGAAGAUGAUGAGUUGGAUGAAUACUUCCAACAACCCGAAAAGAAGAGGCGGCUUACGCCUGACCAAGUCCAAUUUCUUGAGAGGAAUUUUGAGGCAGACAACAAGCUUGAACCAGAAAGAAAAAUCCAGCUGGCAAAGGAUCUCGGUUUGCAGCCUAGGCAGGUUGCAAUAUGGUUUCAAAACCGCCGGGCUAGGUGGAAGACAAAACACCUAGAGAAGGAUUAUGAGGCACUGCAAGCUAGCUACAACAGCCUCAAGGCUGACUACGAUGGCCUCGUUAAGGAGAAGGAUAAACUAAAAGCUAAGGUUCUUCACCUCACAGAUGAGCUGCUUACCAAGAACCAAUCUGAAGCACCACUGCAAGAACUUACUGCCGAUUCAGUUUCUGAAGAUGAAGUAUCCAAAAUUUCAAUUGCAGCUUGUAAGCAGGAUGAUCUUACAUCGGCUAAAAGUGAUGAACUGGAUUCAGGCAGCCCAUGUCAUCUUGAUGGUAGUCACUCCUCUCUCUUAGAGCCAGGCGAUUCAUCAUAUGUUUUCGAACCUGACCAGUCAGAUCUAUCUCAGGAUGAGGAGGAUCACUUUUGCAAGAACUUGUUGCCUCCUCCAGCAUACUUGUAUCCAAAGAUUGAUGAUGGCGGUUAUCCUGACCCGUCUGCCAAUUCUUGUUACUUUGGUUUCCCGGUUGAAGAUCACACCUUUGAGUUCUGGUCUAACUGAAAAUUUACUCUCGGUAUGUAUUGUACUGUACGUGUCUUUCUUGACUCGUCUUUCCAAGCAUGCUACAGUGGUUAGUUCUAGAAGGAAUAAAUCCAAUCGAUGCCAACCCCAUUCAAUAUGUCAUGGUAGGUUUUGGUGUCGGUUGGAAAUGGUGUGUUUUUUGCCCCUUUUGUGUAAUCUUUUUUUCAAUGGGACUUUUCUUUAUGCUGAACUUGUUUGUUGUGUGGAAUCUAAGUAAAGAACUUAAAUCUGUACUAGAAGUUUGUUGUGUAUUAGUAAUUAUGUUGUAACGUUUUGAAGAUGUGUUAGGUUUAAUAUUUGCCCUAAAUUGUUCUGUAAAAAUGUAUCAAAGUAAUUGACGUUUAUUGCAUCUCA